AUGGCCCUCACCCAAGACCAGAUCAACAUCGUCAAGUCGACCGCUCCCAUCCUCAAGGAGCACGACCGGCGCCCAGCAAAGGCCCUCGCCGGCGCCGUGCUCGCCUACGCCACCUACAUCGACGACCUGCCCAAGCUCCACGCCGCCGUCGAGCGCAUCGCCCACAAGCACGCCGCGCUCUUCAUCGAGCCCGCGCAGGUUGACCCCGAGAUCGCCGACGCGUGGGGCCUCGCGUACAAGCAGCUCGCCGACGUCUUCAUCAACCGCGAGGCCGAGCUGUACAAGGCCCCCGGCGAGAACGUCCCCAUGGGCUGGCGCAAGUUUAAGAUUGCCAAGAGGGUCGAGGAAACCCCUACCGUGCUCAGCUACUACCUCGAGCCCGUGGACGGCCCUACUCCCUUGCCCAAGUACCUCCCUGGCCAGUACGUCAGCUUGCAGGUUCCCCGAAGCCCCUCCGCCGACGGCAAGUACUACCACGUCUCCGUCAAGCGCGAGUUCACCACCCCCAACGCGCCUCUCGAUGACAUCGCCACCGGCAAGAUCACCGGCCUCGUCUCCAACAUCCUCCACGACAAGUACUUUGAGGGUGACGUCGUCGAGCUCUCCGCCCCCAGGGCGACUUCUUCGUCAACGUCGCCGACGCGUCCAAGGCCGAUACCCCCAUGGUUCUCCUCUCCGCCGGCCUGGAUCCAGGCUUCCCGCGACAAGACCAACGCCGUAUUUGGCAAGCACAUUCAAGAUGUCGCCGGCGCCCACGGCAACGUCAAGACCAACCUCUUCCUCGACUCUGUCACCGAGGCUGAUGUCAAGGGUCGCGAUUACAACUUUGCCCAGGAGCUCGAUAUCAAGGUCCUCGACGCCGACAAGGACCUCUUCAUCAACGACAAGUCGGCCGAGUACUACAUCUGCGGCCCUGUCGACUGGAUGCUUGGCGUGCGCAAGGCUCUCGAGACCAUGGGCGUCUCUAGGGAUCGCAUGAACCUUGAGCUCUUUGGCACCGGUACCGUUCCCGAGGAGUCUUGA